AUGGAGGCAGGAACAGCAGCCGAGGUGUUGGACAAUCCUCAGCUGGUCCAGGAUUUGGCUGCAGACGCCAAAGACCUGGCUCUCCUGAAAGGUCUUUUGAUGAGGACUUACGAAGCUCCAAAUGCUUCAGAGCUGGUCACCUACGUUCCCUUCACGCUCUUCCCGACGCCCCUGCCCAAAGCUCUGUAUCACCAGGCUGUGGCAGUGCAGCCUCUCUUCAAUACGCUGGUGGAUAAGAUCAGUCAAGACUCUGACUUUCUGCAGGAAGCUCUGGCCAGCACCAUCGCUGUGGAUGAGUUCACGGCACGACUGUUCAGGAUCCACCAACAGGUCCUGGAGGAAGGACGGGCUCAGUCCAUUGUUUUAGGGAGCAAUCGGUCGGACUACAUGGUGGACAGGAAGGCGGACGGCUCGACGUCUCUGAAGCAAAUUGAAAUGAACACCAUAGCUGCAGGUUUUGGAGGACCAGCUUCAGCUAUUCCAGAAAUCCAUCGGCAUGUUCUCCGGGUGGCCGGCAGGAUCCAGGACAGUCAGAGAGUCAUGGACAACAACCCAGCAAAGGGACAGGCCGAGGGCAUCAUCAAGGCCUGGGAGCUCUACGGAGCAGAGAAAGCCGUCGUCUUGUUUGUGGUUGAAGAGAAGCAGAGGAACAUCUUCGACCAACGCCUUGUCGAGAAUGAAAUCUGGGCGAGAAACAUAAACGUGAUGCGAAGGCGCUUUAAUGACGUCUCAAAAUCUGGCUUCCUGGAUCACAAUAAAAGACUCUUGGUUGAGGACAAAGAGGUUGCUGUGCUGUACUUCAGAAAUGGAUACAACCCAGAAAACUACACUUCUGAGAAGGACUGGGAGGCCCGCCUCAUGAUGGAGCGCUCUCGGGCGGUCAAGUGUCCCGACAUCAGCACGCAGCUGGUCGGCACGAAGAAGGUCCAGCAGGUGCUGGCCAAACCUGGAGUCCUGGAGCGCUUCCUCCCGGAGCAGCCUAAGGCUGUGGAGCAAAUAAGAGCCACGUUUGCCGGCCUCUACACGCUGGAUCCGGGUCCUGAGGGUGACAGGACAGUCCGGAUGGCUUUGGAAUCACCUGACCGCUUUGUUUUGAAGCCUCAGCGAGAGGGAGGAGGCAACAACAUCUACGGCUCAGAGAUCUGCGCGACGCUGCAGAACGGUGAGGAAAGAAUGGCCUACAUUCUGAUGGACAAGCUGCACCCGGCGCCAACCAACAACUGCCUCCUGCGAAGAGACGCCCCUGUCAAGAUGAGCAGCUGCAUCUCCGAGUUGGGAGUGUUCGGGGUCUACGUCAGGCACAACACAGACAUGGUGAUGAACCAGUUCGUGGGGCAUCUCCUGAGGUCCAAGAGCAGUGAGCAGCCUGAUGGUGGAGUCGUCGCUGGCAUCGCAGUUUUGGACAACCCUCUUCUGUUCUGA